GUCCAUGCGGUUCAGGGCCGACCGGAGCUGGAGGAGGCUCAGAGGCAGAUUGCUGCUUUGCAGGAUCAGCUUGAGGCCGGACACGGCGAAAUGAGCCGCUUGCGUGCAGAUCUCGCUGAGGCACAGAAGUUGAAGUCCGAGGAGGAGAAGCAGCUGGUUGAGUUCAAGCUGCUGAGAGCUAAGGAGAAUGAGCUGCAAAGCUCCAAAAUGGAGGUUCAGCAACUGCAAGCUGAGCUCGAGGAGUUUCGGGCGUCUUCCAGGCAGCUAGAGACGCGCUGCACACAGCACCAAAGCACCAUCAAAGAGAAGUCGGAGAAAAUCAUCGCUUUGGUGAAGCAGCUAGACCAUGAAGUUGAGCAAGUACGGCUACUUUCUGAUGAGAACAACACGCUCCGAUUGGAGUUGGGCCGUGAUGCCGAGUACUUGAAGGUUGUAGCGGCUUCUGCCGACCCGCUCUCCUACAAAUCUGCUGCCGGCGCGCUUGCUGAAGACCUCUUGAAUGAAGAGCAGCAAUUUCGCGAGGACUUGCGCUCGUUAGCGGCGAAAUAUCCCGGACUUCCAAAAGCAGGCGACCACUACAACCAUUGGUGUGAGUUGCAGAUCUCUCGGGUGUCUGAUCUUCAUCGUAGUUUCUUGCAUCGACUGCAAGAUCAUCGGAGUGACUUCCCUGAGGAUGUGAAGGUCGAGUUCAGCACGCCCACAGAAGAAGCACAGAAGGGCUGGAUGCAGCAGGAAGCCGUGAUGACGAAGGCCGGGGUCGAGUUCCAGGAAGCGGAGCAGGAGCACAACCGAAGGUGGGAGGAGCAUCGCUUGAAGCUCACCUUUGAGAGGGACUCCAAGGUCAAGCAGCUGCUUGACCAAGCGGAGCGUUCUCAAAGCAAGGCUGAGAAGCAGCUUCUCAUGCAGCAGGCCAAACUGUAUGGCCAGCGCAUAGAUGCCCAACUGGAUCGUGCGUGGGAGGAUCAGCGGCAAGAGCGGGAGACCCGGUGGUCCCUGCAUCAGCAGCAGAAGCAGGAGCUGCGCCAGAAGAUCAAGGAAGAGUCUCUUGCUAUGGCCCAGCGAGCCGAGGACCAAGCCUCGGCAUCGAGUCGCUUCACGGAAGCCGCCAGCAAUAAGCUGGCAGCAGUGGAGGACGCUUGGCUGCGGAAUGCCGAGCGUGCGGGCUCGGUGAGCGCCCAGGCCAUGAAAAGCAGAGACUUUGAGUCCUGUCUUCGAGCUCUUCAGACUUCUAUCACUGCGGCUGCAGAUUCCGUGGGUUGCACAGGCUGUGUUAGUUCUUCUACCUCUCAGCUGCCAGCGCGAGGGUCGCAGUACACUGGCGUUGGGCUGAUGAUCGACCAGGUGGAGAGCCUCCUGACGAACAGAAUGGAGAUGCGAACGAAGUUGAGGAAGGAGCUGGAGGAUCAGUCCAGGCAGCAGCUCCGCAGCUGCGUGGAAAAGUUUGUGCAGAGAGAAGGGGUGGAGCGAGAUAAUGAGGAGCUACCGGAGAGUCACCAGGCUGCCUCCAUCGUCGGACUAUUGCGGAUGCGGCAGCAUCGACACGUGUCAGAUGCCAUGCGGCGACAAUUCCAAGACUACCUGCUCGUGCUACGCCUUUGCUCCUUGGGAGCCCUGUGGCUCUCGCCCUCAGGCUCUAGUCAAGAUGGUGUAGAAGACCUGCCACCUCUACCAGCUGAACUCUGUUUCCACAAGCCACGAGAUGCACUGUGCGUAGGCUCCAGUCCACCCCGCAGCGGAAGUGGGCCUCAGGCAGAUGUUGAUGAUGCAGCUUUCGAGGGGAACUUCUUGUACAGAACUUUGUGCCAGAAUCUCCUUGAGCGAGCGCUCAAGCUGCUCAGUGAGAUGCAGCGAGACGAGCUGCUGGCUCUGAAGCGGGCGUAUGCAGCAGAGCAGCGCCUGGCGCUACAGCACCUCUGUCAGCUGGAGACCGAGAUGGUGGAGAAGGCCGUGCAGCAGGACCUGCAGGAAUACGAGGUUCAACUAGCUUCCCGCCUGCUUUCUGACUCCGAGCGCCAGAUCUCAGAAGAGCACCAGCGACAAGCCAGCCGAGUCAACCAAGAUGUAGCUGUGGAGCUUGCGAAGUACAAGCUGCAGGUUGCUGAAGAGGAUCAGGCGAUCGUGCAGGAUCGCCAGAAGUGGGUGAUGAACAGGAUCGUGUGUCUCCAAGCCAAUGGAACUGUCAAUCCCAACGACAGGGCUCUUCUGUUGCGACUACGUGCAGAGCUGCAGGCCUGUGACACCAAGAUUGAUGAGUUCAAUGCCAAUGCCAUGGCCCAAGCAGAUCUGGAACGCGAAGCAGUGCGGCCGCGGCCACCAUCCACUGGGCAAAGACGCCGUUCCUCCGAUGAGCUCACGGCCGCAGAGGUUUCAGACCGUCAGGCCGUGGCCACGCAAGGCAUUCCGGAUGAACCUCUGCCGCUCGGCUUGGCCGCUUUGGGUGGGCUCCGCUCAAACCGAGCAGCGAUGACCUUUGGCCGCUGUGAGUCUCCGGACUUCGGUGUCAAAGCAGACCCGACGGAUUGGCCCUUCACCACACGCCACGGCAUGCACGGCAACCUGGGCAGACUGAAGCCGAAGGGCAACUACGGGGCUCAGGAUCUUCCCCCAAAGCAGCAGGCAGGGGCCUCCUCUAUUCUCGGCCUCUCUGAAUUGGCGAAGUGCCCGGCAAGGCCGUGGAGAUAG